GGCUUUGGUAUAGACAUUUACAACUUACAACCUUCAAAUACGGAGUAUCAUUUUCUUUAUCAUUUAUGUGGCAAUAAACAAUUCCAGAAGACCAUGGUUGUGCUGAGUGUAGUAAAGUUCUCUCCUUUGCCUUUCACCUUCCCUGCUGUCUUUGCUUCUUCUAAAGAUGCUAACUCAUCCAAGACAAAGGCAUUGAAGCUUAGAGAUGAUUGGAGGGAGAAAUCCAGACCCAUCCCUCCUGGUGGAACCUACCCUGCUAAGGACCAUUGCAGCCAUUGCGGGUUAUGUGAUACUUACUUCAUAGCUCAUGUAAAAAACGCAUGUGCUUUCUUGGGGAAUGGCAUGUCCAGAAUUGAAGCCUUGGAACCUGUGGUACAUGGCCGAGGAAGGAAAAUUGAUUCACUGGACGAAAUUUAUAUGGGUGUACAUGAGAACUUAUUGUAUGCUCGUAAAACUAGGCCUUUGGAAGGAGCCCAAUGGACAGGCAUAGUGACAACAAUUGCAAUGGAGAUGCUGAAAUUCGGUAUGGUGGAAGCUGUCAUUUGUGUCCAAAGUGACCCAGAAGAUAGGCUUGCUCCUCGACCCGUCUUAGCAAGGACACCAGAGGAAGUACUAGCAGCUAAAGGAGUCAAGCCAACACUCUCUCCCAAUUUGAACACUCUUGCUUUAGUUGAGGCAGCUGGUGUGAAGAGGCUUCUGUUUUGUGGUGUUGGUUGCCAAGUGCAAGAUCAAUAUCCUGACUUGCAGCUUUAAGAAAAGUUGAGAAAUAUCUAGGUCUGGAAAAGCUUUAUGUUUUAGGAACAAACUGUGUGGAUAAUGGAACACGAGAAGGGUUAGACAAGUUCUUAAAUGCUGCUAGUGAUGAACCUGAUACUGUUCUACAUUAUGAGUUUAUGCAAGACUACAAGGUCCACCUGAAACAUUUGGAUGGGCGCAUUGAAGAGGUUCCCUAUUUCUGUUUACCAGCAAAUGAGUUGGUUGAUGUCAUUGCACCAUCGUGUUACAGCUGCUUUGACUACACAAAUGCAUUAGCUGAUUUGGUGGUCGGUUAUAUGGGUGUGCCAAAGUAUGCUGGAGUUAGCAUGACACAACACCCACAGUAUAUUACUGUCAGAAAUGAACGUGGAAGAGAAAUGCUUAGACUCGUGGAGCAUCUUUUGGAAGUCACUCCUACAAUUAGCAGUGGUGACAGGAGGCCAUUUGUAAUGGAAACUGUGAAGGCAGAUGACAACGCUAAGUUGGGAAGAGGUCCUUCUAAGCCUGCCCCAAAGUUUAUUGGCAACUUAAUAGCAUUUAUUUUAAACCUGGUUGGUCCAAAGGGUCUGGAAUUCGCCCGGUAUUCAUCGGAUUACCACACCAUACGGAAUUAUCUGCACGUAAUGCGCACAUGGGGAAGCGAAAGAGCUGGGAUGCACAUGCCUUCAUAUGCAAAGAAGAUUGUUGCCAUGUAUAACCAAAAUGGGGAAAUUGACCAAAUGCUUGUGAAGUGAUCAAGUACACCUACCUGACCUAAGUGAGAAGGGCGGGCUCAUCCGCUGGAGUCAUCGCUUCCCUAGCGCGGGAUAUGCCUUUUUGUAUGUACACUUUGAAGUGACAAUUUUGAUAAAUACAAUCACUGAAAUAGAUAAUUGUUGUACGCUGACAUAGUCACUGUGAGGAGAUUGCUUGUUGUUAUAUACUACUUUUAUUACAUUUACUGUAAUACUAAAAGCCGUCCAGCC